AUGGGGGGGUUACCAUUAAAACCAGGAACGUACAGCGACGGUCAGGUCCCGGUCAAUUUCAAGCGAGAUGACAGCGAGGACUGCACCUUCAUGAGCGCGCGCACGCGAUUAAAUGCUUCAAUCCCCUACGAGAAAAGAAAGGAAGAAGCUGCUGACAUUCAGUUUGUUGCCCGCGCCCAGGUGCCGUUUAAGAACAAGCGCGGACGCAGCGCACGAAGAAACAAGAUACUUCACCACACCCUCGUUCUGAAUCCCAAAGAGAACUUGUUCGCAUCUCGCUCUUUCUCGUCCGCAGAAUCACAGAUACGCCACCCGAAAGCAGUGCGGAACACUAUGAGCUGA